AUGUUGGCUUCUACCUUUGAUCUCAUGCUUGGUGGUACGGAGACAACCUCAACUACAUUACAGUGGGCCAUCCUCCUCAUGAUGAAAUACCCUCAUAUACAAAAAAAAGUUCAGGAUGAGAUUGAAGAAGUGAUUGGGCUGGAGCGUCCUCCGAGAUGGGAUGACCAGAAGGUGCUGCCUUACUGCCUGGCAGUAGUGCAUGAAAUCCAACGUAUUGGUAACAUCAUUCAAUACUUAGCGCACAUUACACCCACAGAUAUCACCUUCAGAGGCUACACUAUACCUAAGGGAACCCCGGUGGUCCCUCUUUUUACAUCAAUUCUAUAUGAUGAAACCAAAUGGGAGAGCCCUAGGGAAUUUAACCCCAAUCAUUUCCUUGAUGCUGAUGGGAAGUUUAUGAAGAGAGAUGAAUUCUUUGCUUUCUCCAAAGGACGCAGGGUGUGUGCUGGGGAGAGUCUGGCCAGGAUGGAGCUCUUCCUGUUUUUCACAGGAAUGCUACAGAAGUUUACUUUCACUCCUCCACCAGGAGUGAAAAAAGAAGACUUGAACCUCACUGCAGAUGCUUUCUUCAUUAUGAGACCUAAGAGCUACUAUGUUAUUGCUACACCCAGAAUAUAG